UAUAAUAAUUUUCCGUCGAGCAGUAUAUAAUAUGUGUAUCGUGUAGGUACUAGGUAAUGCCAGACUAGAGGUCAACAAACUACCAUAAUUAUUUAUUGUCUGAGAGACAAUUCGAUCGACAAAACUCGGGGGGCUUUGUUAACACGACGAACGUUUCCGGAUCGCGGCUGUAAAGAUUCGCGAUCUCGCAAUACCGACCGAUUCAAAAUCCGGAAUCGUUAUUGAGAAACAUUAUUGAAACGCCUACUAAUUUGAAUGCUAAAAAAAUAAUAACUAAACAUCAACAAAUAACAAUUAUGAGUUAUCACGAUCGAAAUGUGAUAACAAUUAUCGAGAAGAAUCAGCCGCCGCAGCAAUAAAAAUAUUGACUCGUACCAUGAAGAUAACAUUAUUGACUUGGACGUGGGUUAAAGUUAAAAUAUGAAAAAGAGAUUAUAGAACUUCGAUGCACUGYUGGCUGCUGCAGCUACUGAGCAAGUUUGAGGUCAUUAAAUUAUGGCGGAUGUCAAAAGCCAUUUUUAUGGUUCUGUAAGAGUUGGACAAAAAGUUAGUGUUGGGACAUUUGAUGGGUUUGCUCGAUAUGUUGGUCCAAUUCCUGGAACAGAUUCCAUAUGGGUGGGAGUUGAAUGGGACGAUUCUAACAGAGGUAAACAUGAUGGAAUUCAUAACGGUAUCAGAUAUUUUAAAACAUUACAUCCUAAUGGAGCAUCAUUUGUACAUCUAGAAAAAGUGAUACCUCACAAUGUUAGUUUUAUAAAAGCUUUUCAAAGUAAAUAUGGCCAAAGUUGUGGUAAUAAUAUUCAACAGGAGAUAAAUGCAUUGAUGAAACAGUCUAAAAUGGCAUCUUUUGAACUUGUUGGAAUGCAAAAAAUUCAGAAAACACAAGCAUGUUUUGAUAAGUUAACUCAUGUGUGUCUAAGUCAUCAUGGUAUAACAGAUGCUGGUGAUCCAAAAGAAAUACAAGAUUGCUGUCCAAAUAUUGUGAAUUUAGAACUUUGUAAUAAUUGUUUUACCGAUUGGGAAACUGUAUCAAAAAUAGCUCAACAAUUAAAACAUUUAACAUCUUUGAAUUUAAGCUUUAAUAAUAUAGAUUUACCUCAAGAACCAAAUCAGCAAUUAAAGGAAUCUUUUAAAUGCUUAAAGAAAAUUGUUUUAGGUAAACUCAAUUAUAACUGGAAUGAAAUCAUGUCUUUGUGUGAGUCAUUUCCAGUACUUGAAGUAUUAGAGGUCCCAGAUAACAAUAUAGAUAGACUUGAAACACAUUCAGAAGCCAUGAAAAAUAUUUUGUACUUAAACCUGGAAAAUAAUAAUUUAUCAUGGCCAGAAAUCAAUAAAUUACGAUCUCUACCAAAAUUACAAACUUUAAAUGUCAAUAGAAAUGGAAUAAAAGACAUUCAAAUUUUACCGUCAUCUUUCCCUUCACUUGAAUUUCUGAUGAUCAGUGAUAAUGACUUAUUACAUUUUGAAUCAUUGUGUGAGCUUAAUAAAUUACCAGCAUUAUGUUCUUUAAGAAUUCAAAAUAAUCCUCUACUUAAAGGAAUGAGUGUUAGCAAUUACACUUUACAAAUAAUAGCAAGAAUUUCCAAUUUAAAGACAUUAAAUGGAACCAUGAUAACUCUUAAAGAACGACAAAAUAAUGAAAGAGAUUUCUUAAAGGAUUUGGAUAUGAUAUGGCAUAGACAGUUAAAAAGUGCAGAAGAAAGAGCUGAAUUUUUGACUAAACACCCACGAUAUAUGGAACUCAUUGCUAAAUAUGGUUCUGAUUACUCGGAAGACCUGAACACAUCAAACAAAAUAAAAACAAUAAAAAUAAGAAUUGUGAACUUUUGCAAAGAGACAAGUACAGAAAAGGAUGUAAUAAUUAAAACACUUCCGAUUACUAUGACACUUAAUCGUUUAAAAGAUCUUGGAAAACGAUUAUUUGGUCUAGGCAACAAACAACUUGAAUUUUCUUAUCUAACAAAAGAGAAACCAGAUAUUGAAUAUUCCAUGGAAAACAUGAAUCAAACAUUAGACUAUUAUUCUGUUGAAGAUGGAAACACAGUAUUAAUUAAAUGGUAA